GCACGUUUUCCGAUAUUGCAUCAAACAUGGCAGCGAUCAUACGAAAGUGCGUCCUGUCAACUGUGUUGAAACAUUUUAACAAAGGCAGUGCACAUUUAUUAAAGCAAGGUGUACAGAAAGCACGUACACAAUGUUUUCACAGUGCAAAUGGAGUUCGCAGCAUCUGGCAAGUUAAUGGUUUGCUCACUGCACGUGCGUUUGCAGUGCCACAAACGUGGUCUGUCUGUAAACUUCACACCGAAGUGGACAGAGAAUUAACUAAGUUUUUGGACAAGGAAAUUGAGUUAGAAGAGAAAAGUGCUCAGACAAAAGUUGGUAUGCCUUCUAUCAAAGACUUUGAUGUUACCGCCGAUGGGUGUGACUUUACACUCAAGAAAAAGAUGGGAAAUGAAAAAAUUUCAGUGAUGUUCAACAUAAACGGUUCCGCCGAUGCAGACCAGCCAGUGGCAGGCUCACAGGAAGGGGAGGAUGUUCACAUGGUAUCGAAGCCGCCAUUUCGUGUGGAGAUUGACAAGGGAUCAGGAGAGAUUCUCGCUUUUCAGUGCAUGUUUGCAAAUACCGACGAAGUGGAGCCAGAAACGUCAGGACAGCCUGAAGAUGCCAUAGUUGACCUGUUUGAGAUUCAAGAUGUUACACUUCACAAGGGAGAAUGGAAAGAAUCUAUCUAUACAAUGUCAUCAGAAACCAUGGAUGGAAACUUGUAUGAUCUGUUGAUGGAUCUUCUUGACGAGAGAGGAAUCAACGACGAAUUCAUCAAUGAUCUGAUAGAAUUCAGCACAGCACAGGAACAUGACAAAUACCUGGAGUUUCUGAAAAACCUCAAUACAUUUGUGAAGAAAGACUGAUCGGAGGUCUCAGUAGACAGGACAGUUUGUGUUUCAGUGGAUACCUGUGUAACUUGUACAUGUGCCUGUUGCUAGGUUGCCUGUACCAUACGUGUUAAAUUUGUAUAUGUGCUUGUUGCUAGGGCGCCUGUACCAUACGCGUUACAUUUGCAUGUUGUAUCACAGUAGACCUGUAAAACGAAUCUUGGUGGGAAGCAAGUGCUUCCAUGGUGAGGAUGUAUGAAUCAGAAACUGGAAUUUUUAUAUUUCUGCUAUUCAGAAAAAGUAUAUUGCAGUUAUCAUUGCUUUUCAUAUACCAUUUGUAAAAAAAAAAAAUUGAAUUUUUUUCCACAUGUGUAUCUCGAUUUAUGCAACAUUAAAUGCAUCCAUUUUCAUUUUUCUUCAGUUUUUAAAAUGCCUAGUAUGACAGGUGAUAAAAUAAAAUUUAACUUGCCAACAGUGUUACACCAGGGCCCUGUUUUACAAAGCGAUUUUAGCGCUAAGAUCACCUUAAGUGCAUUAUAUAGCCAUGUACUUAAGGUGAUCUUAGCGCUAGGAUCGCUUCGUAAAAAGGGGCCCUGAACCAUAGGGUUUGUGUAAUGUGAUGCUUGUGUAUACAUUUUGAAAUAUAAUUUAAUAACUUUUUUUUAAUUAAUGGGUUAUAUCAUUCCUACUGUUAUAUUUUCCAAGCAUAACGUCAUCACUGUGUAUGGCUUAUAAACAGGUCUAAAGUCAUUUAGAGCUUGUUUACAAUAUCCAGGUUUUUUAACAGAAUUUUUUUAGCAAAAAGUAUUAGUAAUUUAUAGCUGUCGUCCACUGACUCAUUUCCCCAAACUGAAUCAACCAUGCGAUGUGAGAUAACAUUGCUUGGGAGACAGAAUAUUUGGGGUCAUCGUAAGGCCCUUUGACAUGAAAUGAUUUCGGAAUUCCAAAUUGGAAUCCAGCUUUUCAUCACACGAUGCAUGGUCACGACGGUGUGAUUGGGAAUCUGUCGCCUGAUUAGUAGUGGAGGAUGGCCAUUAGUCGCAAUGUACCUUUUUUAAUGAAAGGUUACUUACUGAAGUGAUAACAAACUCAUUUACUAAACUUCUUGGUACAGACCUGUAUUCUAAGGUCCAACUUUUUAAUCCACUUUUUUCAUUACUCUUACUCCAACACAUUUUUUGUCUUCAUUUAUAUACUGUGGUACAGACAAAACUUGUAUUUGUUUUUCAUUAUACAUGUAUUAGAUAUAGUUAUAAAAUAUUAAAGUUG